AUGGAUAAUCCUGCUAGUUAUGACCACCUGUACCGAAGAGGCGCACCAUGGUACCUCACGCGCCAGCUGGCCGAGUUUCAUCACCUCCACAGAGAAGGUCAUCCAUUUAACAUCCAUGAAGCCGAAGUCAACCGCACUAUGAUGACCUACCUCCUGAAGAAAGAUUUCCGGCUAGAUGUGACCUUCGCGGAAGACCGUCUCACCCCCGCCAUUCCCAAUCGUCUGCGCUACAUCUUGUGGAUUCAUAAGCUUUUGGAUUCCACCACUAAAAACAUUUCUCACGCCUAUGAUCCCAGUCGUCAAGUUUUUGGUAUUGAUGUCGGUACUGGACAUUGCGCUAUUUAUUCUAUUAUGGGAUGCAGGGUCCGUCCCAGGUGGAAGUUUUUGGGCACAGAUAUUGAUGCGCAAAACAUCUCCACAGCCCGAGAGACUGUGAAAGCCAACAAUCUUGAGGACAGAAUAACUAUAAUGGAAACCUCUGCCAGUGAAUCAUUUUUCCCGAUGGAGAAAUUUCCGGAACACAAGUACGAUUUCACGAUGUGCAAUCCACCAUUUUAUGCUUCCAUCGAUGAGAUGAAAAAACUGCUCGAGGAAGUGGAUAUGGAUCAUGAAUCUGCCUGCACCGGCUCCCAUGUGGAAAUGAUAACCCCCGGCGGUGAACUUGAGUUCAUUAAACGCAUGAUUGAUGACAGCCGAGCUGUUGGGGACCGCAUCCAGUGGUUCACCACCAUGAUUGGACAGAUGAGGAGCGUUAGACCUAUAAUCAAGUAUCUUCAGGACAAAGGAAUGACGAACUACGCCAUAUCGUGUCUGCAACCGCAUGCAGAGAUAAAGCGCCCAGUCAUUGCUUGGUCCUGGCAGGAUAAGCGCCCGCCCUCUGAUUUUGCUCGCGACCUCCCCAAUGUCGAAGGAAAGCUGCAGCCUCCCCUCUCGCAGUUUCAUCUGCGACUGGUGCCAACUGCUCAUACGGAUGAUGUCAUUGAGUUCCUAAACAAAGAGCUCACCUCCAUCGCAUGGUUCUGGGAGUGGGACGAAAACCUUGGAGUAGGAGUUGGCUACGCCGAGACGAAUGCCUGGGGCAGGGUUGCACGCCGAAAGGCUGCUUUGUCUCUUUCCAGGACUACUUCCCUUACAGAAAUCCCGAAGGAAGUCAAAUUCGGCGUCAGGAUCUCAGUUAAGGAAAUCCUCGUGAAAAAGAAGGGUGAUACCCAAAACCAGGAUCUUGCUAAGCGGGAUAGCAUUGAAGCUGACGAUAACGAUGUCAACAGCACGAUAGUGAACCCGUCCGGUCUAUCGGGGUUGGAGACCCCGACGGCAAGCCCCAACCCUUCGAUCGACUCGAGCCCCGAUUGUUACGUUCAAGUGACAAUCCAAUGGAACCAGGGUUACGAAAAACACAUGGACUUGUUUGAUAGCUUCCUUGGAAUGAUUAGAGGCAGGCUUGAUAAAACGUUUGGUCUCUGUUAA